GGAGACUCACUUCCGGGCACCGGCACGGCGUGACGUCAGGAGGAGGGCAGAGACCAACGUCACCCUUCGGAGGGUCGUCUGAGCCGCAGAGAAGCCGUGGCCCCUCCUCCGGGCUCCCCAGGAGGGCACCACUAGGCAGGGGUUCCACCCUUCCCGAUCUGCGUUUCCUCAUCUUUUCAGAUCAGCCCUGUCGGGGGCGGGGACCAGUAGGCAGCCGCCAAGAUGGGUGAAAGGAAAGGUGUGAACAAGUAUUACCCUCCGGACUUCAAUCCCGAGAAGCAUGGCUCUCUCAACCGAUACCACAACAGCCACCCGCUACGGGAGCGGGCUCGGAAGCUGUCACAAGGCAUCCUCAUUAUCAGGUUUGAGAUGCCCUAUAACAUCUGGUGCGAUGGCUGCAAGAACCACAUUGGCAUGGGUGUUCGUUACAAUGCAGAAAAGAAGAAGGUCGGCAAUUAUUACACAACGCCAAUCUACAGGUUCCGGAUGAAAUGCCACCUGUGUGUCAACUACAUCGAGAUGCAGACGGACCCCGCCAACUGCGACUACGUGAUCGUGAGUGGCGCCCAGCGCAAGGAGGAGCGCUGGGACAUGGAGGACAACGAGCAGGUGCUGACGACAGAGCAGGAGAAGAAGCAGAAGCUGGAGACGGACGCCAUGUUCCGCCUGGAGCACGGCGAGGCCGACCGGAGCACUCUCCGGAAGGCCCUCCCCACCCUCAGCCACAUCCAGGAGGCCCAGAGCGCCUGGAAGGACGACUUCGCCCUGAACAGCAUGUUGCGGAAAAGGUUCCGGGAAAAGAAAAAAGCCAUGCAGGAGGAGGAGGAGAGGGACCAGGCGCUGCAGGCGAAGGCGAGCCUGGCCAUCCCGCUGGUGCCGGAGACGGAGGACGACCGCCGGCUGGCCGCCCUGCUCAAGUUCCACACCCUGGACUCCUACGAAGACAAGCAGAAACUCAAGCGGACGGAGAUCAUCAGCCGCUCCUGGUUCCCCUCUGCCCCGGGCCCCAGCCCUGGCGGCAGCAAAGCCGGCAGCGUCCUGAAGAGGCUGGCCCAGAACCGUAGAUGCACGCCUGUCAGCUCCCCCAUCAGCGUAGGGGACCUGGGCAUCGUGCGGCGGCGGUCCCGAGACGUCCCCGAGAGCCCCCAGCAGGCCGCAGAGACCCCCCAGCCUGGGGAGCCGCGGGCGCCAGCGCCAAACGCCCAGGACAGGCCCACAUCCCCCCAAGACUGCUCUCCCCAGAUCCCCGAGACCUCCACGAGCAGCAGGCCCCAGGGGCAGGAGGGGACACAGCAGGACGGACCCCAGCCCCCACCAGGCACCUCUCCGGAGGCAGCCACCUCCCAGGACCCACCACACCCGUGCAUCCUCAGCUCCUCCCUGGUGGCCGAUUACUCCGACUCAGAGAGCGAGUGAGCAGUUCCACGGACCAGACCUGCUCCAGAGGCCACAACGCGCCCAGGAGGCCCCUCCCGGGCUGCAACCCUGCUUGUGCCAACCCUGCCCUCGGAGAGCCCAGACGCUGCCCCUCCCGAGGCCUCGCCUUCCUGCAGCAGUGGAGUUAUUUAUUUGGUCCUGGAGACAGUGUCUGUGCCUUGUGGGAUUACGUCCCAACAUUAAAGCCCUGCCUCUCUGUC